AUGUCAUCUGCUUGUGGGUAAGCCCCUGAUGAGACACGUUGCCCACAGUCUCCGUUGAUACAUUCAAGACAGGCCGUUCACCUCACUACGAAAACACGCAACGUUCGAUAAAGCUUGUCGUGAGCAUAAGAGGGAACCAGACACCUACUACCCAAUUUCACCCAACAAAAACGGCGGCAUCUAUAUUCCGAUAACAAUAACACCGAGGUAUUGUACGGGAUACAUUGAUCUCUUGUGCCCCAUGACCCUUGGAAAGUAUACCAUCGACUGGGGUAGUAAAAUGGGCAGGAUAUCGGACGAGGAUCUUGCAAAAGUCACUGAGGCCCACAGAAAGAUAGUGUGGGAUGCUGAUAUAGCUAAGAAUGCACCCAAGACCUCGCUCAAAAGAACGCCAAUACUCACCAAAUGCGUUGUCGGAAGCGGGUAUUUUGGACGUGGGAUCGCUCCUGGCGGGACACAGUACUACAACGAAGCUUGGGCGCAAGAGAAAUACCACCCGAGCCCACACAAAGUCCACUCUCGACGUACUACACCUUUUGAGAACAUGUCGUCAGAAAUCCAGCCACCCCAACAACACACGCGAGGGCCAAUACGAAGCAAAAACCAAAGCUCCCCUUCAAGUCACAGAAACUCGUAUGAGCCCUACGAUCGGGAGGGCCGUGGUCAUGGACGGGGCAAUAGCGAUUAUGGAGACCGAGGGCAAGGAGACAGGGGAAAUAGUAGGGGUGAUUGGAAUCAUGAUGGGAGGUUCAUACAAGAGGGGCAGGAGCACACUAAAAACUUAUUGGAUGGAACACGUGGUGUUAGUUGGAACUCUAGGAUUCCCAGUUGGGGAGUUCCUACCCAUACUAAUAGUAAGCACUCAUAUGACGCUUAUACGUACUGGGAAGGUCGGGAGAGUAUGGGGGCGGAAAAGCUCCCAGUUAAGGAUCUCUCAAGUCAUCAACAGAAGGGUGUCCAUCACAGAAGCCGUACAGGGUAUCCAUACAAGAGACGGUAG